AUGGCAAUUGUCCGACCAAAAGCUUUAACCCGCAAGGAAAGUUCCAUUUACGAGGAAGUGCUGGCAAGAUCAAAUCUCCAAGACCUUAACGAUCUUUUCAACACCAUCUACCGAGACCACAACGGAGAAGACGUAGAAGUCAUCUUGACUACUGCCUGGACGAGGAAGCUCUGGCAGAAUGUGAUGAAUUUGACGAGCAAAUUUGUUCAAGGCUUAAUUCAAGUUGGCAGACGGGAAAUUUGA